AGAGCCGCCGCCGCCGCCCCCCCGCGCCCCUCCCGGCCCCCCCAGAGCACCAGCAGCCAUUUCAUCUCCACCACCACCACCACCAAGUAGGCGCAAAAAAUGGCAGAAAUGGAGAAAGAAGGGAGACCUCCCGAAAAUAAAAGGAGUAGGAAGCCGGCUCACCCGGUGAAGCGGGAGAUCAACGAGGAGAUGAAGAACUUUGCUGAAAACACUAUGAAUGAGCUCCUUGGCUGGUAUGGUUAUGAUAAGGUAGAACUGAAAGAUGGAGAAGAUAUUGAAUUCAGGAACUACUCAGCAGAUGGGGAAAGCCGCCAGCACAUUUCUGUUCUCAAAGAAAAUUCUUUGCCAAAACCAAAAUUACCUGAGGACAGUGUUAUUUCACCGUACAAUAUAAACCCAAGCUACCCAGGGCUUGCCACAGGAAAUGGACUAUCAGACUCACCAGCAGGGUCGAAGGAUCAUGGGAAUGUACCUAUUAUUGUCCCAUUAAUUCCACCACCUUUCAUAAAGCCACCAGCAGAAGAUGAUGUGUCAAAUGUACAAAUAAUGUGUGCCUGGUGCCAGAAAGUUGGAAUCAAGCGCUAUUCCCUGAGUAUGGGAAGUGAAGUGAAAUGCUUCUGCAGCGAGAAGUGCUUUGCAGCUUGCCGAAGAGCAUAUUUCAAGAGAAACAAGGCUAGAGAUGAAGAUGGACAUGCUGAAAAUUUUCCCCAGCAGCACUAUGCUAAGGAAACUCCAAGACUUGCCUUCAAGAAUAACUGCGAACUACUUGUAUGUGACUGGUGUAAGCACAUAAGACACACAAAAGAGUAUCUGGAUUUUGGGGACGGGGAAAGAAGGCUUCAGUUCUGCAGUGCAAAAUGUCUCAAUCAGUACAAAAUGGACAUUUUCUACAAAGAGACACAGGCCAAUCUUCCAGCUGGACUGUGCAGUACAUUACAUCCUCCAGUCGAAAAUAAAGCAGAAGGCACUGGGGUGCAGCUGCUGACUCCAGAUUCUUGGAAUAUACCGCUAGCAGAUGCUCGGAGAAAAGCCCCAUCCCCAGCGUCUGCAGCUGGCCAAAUUCAAGGCCCUGGACCAUCAGCGUCUACCACUGCCUCUCCGUCUGACACUGCCAACUGCUCUGUCACUAAAAUCCCCACGCCAGUUCCCAAACCUAUUCCCAUCAGUGAGAAUCCAAAUAUUCCACCAGUUUCUGUCCAGCCACCUGCUAGCAUUGUGCCUCCAAUUGGUGUCCCUCCUCGCAGUCCUCCCAUGGUGAUGACAAACCGUGGGCCAGUUCCUCUGCCCAUAUUCAUGGAACAGCAAAUUAUGCAGCAAAUCCGUCCACCAUUUAUUCGUGGGCCACCUCACCAUGCCUCAAAUCCUAACAGCCCUCUGUCCAAUCCAAUGAUUCCUGGAAUUGGUCCCCCACCAGGUGGUCCCAGAAAUAUGGGUCCCACCUCCAGCCCCAUGCACAGGCCAAUGCUUUCCCCCCAUAUCCAUCCCCCCACAACACCUACCAUGCCUGGGAAUCCUCCUGGCUUGUUGCCGCCUCCCCCUCCCGGAGCUCCUUUGCCCAGCCUUCCCUUCCCCCCUGUCAGCAUGAUGCCAAAUGGUCCUAUGCCUAUGCCACAGAUGAUGAACUUUGGAUUGCCAUCCCUUGCCCCACUGGUGCCACCCCCAACUCUACUAGUGCCAUAUCCUGUCAUUGUCCCUUUGCCCGUUCCCAUCCCCAUUCCCAUCCCCAUCCCUCACAUCAACGAUUCCAAACCCCCCAAUGGCUUCUCCAGCAAUGGCGAAAGCUUCAUUCCGAGUACCUCCAGCGAGACGCCUGGGGCAAAGCCAACCAAUAGCUCUUCAUCCCCUCGAGAGUCAAAGCAAGGAUCAUCCAAAUCCUCUGACUCAUCACCGAGCUGCUCAGGCCAGUCCCUUAAUCAAGCGAAAGUGCUUCAGGAGCACAGUAAAAAUGAAGUUGUUGAUUUGACUGUCAGACCUAGUAGUCCAGUGAACAGUAAAUUUGGUUUCCCCAGUGUGCUACAGGGUCCACAGGACGGUGUGAUAGACCUAACAGUAGGCCACCGGUCUAGGCUGCACAAUGUCAUCCACAGGGCUCUACAUGCCCAAGUGAAAGUUGAACGUGAACCUAACAGUGUUGUAAAUUUGGCUUUUGGUAGCUCAGACAAAAGGAACUGCAGUGACUGCAGGGACAACUGCAGCCCGGUUGACUCAAAAACGUUACCGUGCAGUGACGGAGCUCACUGCUGUCCCGUCUCCUUGGCCUCUGGCACGCCAGGACUGGAAGCUGGCGCAGCGGUGUGCAACGUCAUUGUGAAUGGCACAAAGAGCACAGAGGGUUCCAAGAACCCGGAGCCGCCCCAGGAGCCAAAAAAGCCCCAGUCCCCGGAGGAGCUGGCGGUGAGCGAGCUGGAGUCCGUUAAGGAGAACAACUGUGCGUCGAACUGCCACCUUGAGGGAGAUGCUGGCAAGAAGACUGGGGAGGAGCCCCUGGCUGGGGGAGACAAACAGGACCCAAACCUUAACAAUCCAGCAGACGAGGACCAUGCAUAUGCUUUGAGGAUGCUGCCCAAGACAGGUUGCGUGAUCCAGCCUGUGCCAAAACCAGCAGAAAAGACUGCUAUUGCGCCGUGCAUUAUCUCAACGCCAAUGCUCAGCACAGGGCCAGAGGAUCUGGAGCCACCAUUGAAAAGGAGGUGUCUCCGAAUUCGAAAUCAGAAUAAGUAAAGGAGCGCUCACUGACAGGGUACCUUGCAUGGAGAAAGGGAGCAGAGCAAACCACGUCACUCCACCGAAUGACACCAGCUGGUCCGCUCA